AUGGAUGAAUAUGGCUUUCGCUCAAGAUGGGCGUCGAGGCUUAUCAGAGAGAAUAUCUUCCAUACGAUGAAUAACCUGGCGAAAGGGACUGACCAGAGUCCGCGGAAACAGAAUUACUCACCAACGACUUCACAACCUGAAUGUAUUUCCUUCUCGGCUCCUCGUCUACGCGACCUUGUUCACACAGCCCCUUCAAGCCCAUUCGAUCUCCCGAAAGAUGUUGUGCAGGAGUAUGAAAGAGUCUCUGCUAAGAAUUCUGAUGACUUGACUUUCAAGCAUAGAGUGUGUAUCGUCGGUGCCGGUAUUGCUGGCCUGUUCAUUGCUAUGAUUCUGGACAGCCUGAAAAUUUCCGGUCUGGAAUAUGAUAUCCUCGAAGCCUCAGACAGAACUGGGGGACGACUAUAUACUCAUUACUUCUCCGAUGUCCCACACGAUUACUACGAUGUCGGCGCCAUGCGAUUUCCUGAUAUCGGCAUCAUGAAGUCAAGUUUCAAGCUUCUCAAGCAACUGAAUCUUCCGCUGAUCCCUUAUUACUUUAACCAAGAGAGCGGUUCCGUCAAAUGUCCGACCAUGUAUAACGAUAUAACACUCAUUGAUGGCGAGCCGCGUGGGUCUGAUCCGUUUCGUGUGGGUGAGGCAAACGGAGGUUCAGUGCCUGACAAGAAUGUCGAUGACGUGAACAAACUGCUCGAUAGUGCCUAUGAGCCUUUUAGAAAGGCGAUGGCUGCGGACUUUGAAGAAGGAUUCAAGCUUUUGAUGCAAUAUGAUAGCUAUACCACUCGCGAAUUUCUCAAAAAUCCGCCCCCUGUCAAGAAUGGAGUGAUGCCUUUCAAAUACCUAGACUUCUUCAGUAUCCAGUGGCUGGAGACUAAUAACACAGCAAGUGGCCUCUUCGAUCAAGCAUUCUCAGAGUCAGUCAUGGACUCUUUUGACUUUGCGGGACCUAGAGAAGACACCAUAAAGUGGUACUGCAUCGACGGGGGUUCUUCACUUUUGACCCGGGCCAUGGAGAAGACUAUUAAGCAACCCGUGCAGCAUGGAAAACGGGUGCGAAAAUACAAUCAGAACCCAAACACCAACGAAAUCACUGUUUCGGUCGCGGGGGAACCCGAAGGAAGCCGUCAGGACUAUACUACCGUCUUCAACACAACUAGUCUUCCGUGUCUGCAACGAAUGGAUUUGACUGGUCUCGACUUGCAUCCUAGUCAAAAAUGCGCAAUCAGAAGCUUAGACUACGAUGAUAGUGCAAAGGUAGCCAUGAAGUUCUCUUAUCCAUGGUGGAUAACGAAAUGCGGCAUCACAAGCGGCGGCGAGGCAUCCACGGAUACACCUCUUCGUACGUGCGUGUAUCCAUCUUAUAAUAUCCGCGAUCCGCAAGAUCAGUCGGCCACACUGAUUUGUAGCUAUACAUGGGCUCAGGAUGCGACACGCAUUGGCAAUCUGAUCGCGUGCCACGAUGACGAACUUCGUGACCUGAUAUUAGAUAAUUUGGCACGGGUACACCUGAAGAAUUUCCAACAACAGGGUCCCAUUUCCUACCAUGGUCUGACUACUCUUGACGAGGUUCGCCAGAUUAUCGGCGACGCUUACAUAUCACACCACGCUUGGAGUUGGUCGCACGACCCCUUCACUUCGGGCGCCUUUGCACUAUUUGGGCCUGGCAAAUUCUCCAACUUGUACCCUUAUCUCACACGCCCAGCGGCGGACAGUCGUUUCCACAUCUGCGGAGAGGCGAGCAGUGCGCACCAUGGGUGGAUUGGUGGUAGCUUGGACAGUGCACUGGCCAGCGUGCACAAGUUCUUGAAAAGAUUCGACAUGUGGGAGAAGCAACUAGAGUUGAAGGAGCUAUGGGACAUGCCUCUAGGGCUAGAGGACGGUGUCGAUGGUACGCUGCAUCUGCAGGUCGCCUUGGGCAUGAUCCCAACGAGCGAAUUAGUUGGACGAAAUACAGCCAGACCUGUACAUAACAAAGAUGAGGCUGCGCGUGGUUGUAUCGUUUCGUAG